AUGUUUAUUGUCAUAUAUGGCGAGAACAAGAACGCCGCAAUUAGAGAGCAAUUAGAUACGAUUGUUAGUGACUUUCGGUCUUUGCCUACUCCAGCCUCCGAUGAGACCCAGGCUGUGCUUGGUGGCGGUAGUCCUGGCCGAUGCAGAGACGCACGACGACAAAUCCGUGUUGCUCAAAGGUGCAUCAGCAACGAGCGCGAAUUUAAUGGAUUUCUCACCUCCAGCCCUCACCAAUCCCGAACUGGCAACAUCUCUAUGAUUGAGUCCUAUCUGAAGGAUGAUCAUAAAGUAUUUUUGGCCCAUGGUGAUUUUCAUCCACGAAACAUCAUGGUAGUCACUCACCUGGAUGACCCGGUUGCGGAUGAUUUUCUGCCCAUAUAG